UACUUGCAGUGCAUAACGGAACGCACCCUUGGAGUCAUAAAAUCACGUGAUAAAAAAAUGAGGGAGGAGUGGAACAGAUAGUGAAAGAAAGGACGACGCACAAUGAGAUAUUAUCGUAAAAGAAUAAUAAAAUAGAAUCGAAUAGAUUCUUAUCUGAAAUUCUCAAAAACAAUCGCCAAAUAAAAAUAUCGCAAAGACUAGUUAAAUAAGAUUGUUUUAUUGUGCAACGUGAAGUGAAUUCUUUUUUAUGACAUACGUCACCUUAACCUAUGCAGAGGAAAAAUCUUUGUGCAGUCGAAUAUAAGUUCCUAAUUGGUGCAUUAACUUCCAAAAGUACUUGAAUCCAAGUAUUGUAUCCAAUUUGUCAGUAUGGAUAGCUCUGACGAGGAAUUAUUUACUGCAACACCAAAUUCUAAUAAAUCAAUAUUAAAUACAAGUUCAAAUUUGUCAACCACGCAAACAAAUGAUUUAACGCAAGAGAGAGAUUGCAAUAAAUGUUCCAUCAAAGAUAUUGCAGUGAACGUUACACGUUUAUCCAAUAAGCAGAUAAUGAAUGAACAAUCAAAUACACACUUAGUUACAAUUAGAAAAAGACGGAAAUUAGCACGAUGGAGAAAGGGAAAGUAUGAUAGAAGGAAAAGAACUAAAAAAUUAGUGUCUCAGCAAACAUCCCAAAAUAAGAAACCUACUGAAGUUACUAUGGAGUUAUCAGAAGCUAAGAUGCUAGAUGAUAAUACACAUGAACAUGAACAAGAAGAAGAGGAAUCGUGUGGAGCUAUUGAACAGAAUGAUCUACAAAAUGUCCAAGAUAUCCAAGAUAUACAAGAUGUCCAAAAUAUCCAAGACGUUCAAGAUGUGCAUGGAAAUGUUGAAAAUUGUAUUGAAGCACAAAAUGAAAUGAAAGACUUAUGUUCUGAUAAAACAUAUGUAUGCGCGCGUGUUUUACCAUUCAAAUUUUCUAAAGAAAAGAACACGACAUCAUUUAAUGAAGUUACUGAUGCAGUUGCGUGUUCCUAUGUUUCAUCUCCGUCAUCAUCAAAUAUUGAGACAAUGGAGAAGGAUUCUCUGAAGAAUAAUAAUCAGAUUUAUGUAUCUUCUUCAUCUAAAAAUAAAGAACAAUUAAGGAAAAGAAUACAUCAUCAAAGAUUGAAAUGCAUGGUUAAAAAACUUACAUUGCAUAAGAGAAAGUUUAAAAGAAAAAUAUCUUCGUCUAUAUCGUCUAUAUCGUCUAUAUCGUCUCUAUCGUCUUCAUCGUCUACAUCAUCAAUAUCUAAGCAAUCAAGAAGAAAACGCUAUCGAAGAAUACUGUCGAAUGAAUCUAGCGAUAAUGAAAUUGCGGAUGAAACUAUAGAAACGACUAGAGAUGAUAAUCGAAACAAAUCUCAUGAGAUGGAUCAAGAAACAUCACGAACGAAUAUGCAGAUAAGUCGUGAGGUGCGUGUUAGUUUAACAAGAUUGGAAGAAAUGGAUGACUUGGAUAUUAUUAAAUGGCGAACAAGCAGUAUAAAAAAUCGUUUAGAAUUGUUUGAAUCUCAAUUGAUAGAAGAACAACAUUUGAAUAAACAGAAGCAUGCAACACCGAAACGUCGAAGAGACAAACUAAUUCUGUCAAAUGGAUGCAACUUGUCGGAAACAGAAGAUGUCCAUAAAAAUCUAUCACAAAUGUCAGUGUCUAAUACUCAUGUCGAGAAACAUAGUUCAGUGAAUUUAUAUGAUUCAUUGGAUAUGGUCAAAUUAAGGAAGAAAUACAAGCUGUUCAAAAAGCCUAAAGUUUUGAAUAAACUGGAGGCUUUAGGGAAUUCUGUCAAAAAUGGAAAAUAUUCGGCAAGUGAGGUCGAUUAUUUAACAAAGAAAUAUAUAAUUAUAAUAAGUUCUUCGUCAAAAUCUCGUAAAUCGUCAUUGUAUGGACUUGCACACUUACAAAGCAAAAGCACGAUGGACGAUAAUGUUAACGAAGAUAAUAAUACAAACUUCAGUUUGUCUGGCAGGCAAAAUAUGACUAAAAAUUUCAAACAACUGGAUAUAAAUAAAAGUCCAAUAAAAGAUGAUCAAGUUGUGGAGAGCAGCAGUAAUGAGAAUGCUUUGUUUAGUCGUAAAAUUUUGCUUGCUUCUAACCAAAAACGACACACAAGUUUAUCAUCGAGAAACAAAAAUAAUAAUUCGCCAAAAAAUAAUCAUACACUACUGGAAAUAUGGCGAAACGCAUUUUGUGCACAGUUAAAGAAGAAACCGCAAGAAACAAAUGCCGAGCAAUCUGCUCCUGUACAAUCGAAGAUAGUCUCUACUUUGCAAAACUUGUCAAAGAAAUUGGCGGACACGGAAUGUAAGAAUCCAGGUUCUUUGACUUCGACGUUUACAUCUUCCACAAAAGAUAAUACACCAGCAAGAUCUCCCCAAAAACAUGCUUCGCCGAAAAAACAAGAACCAGCACAAUCGGCAGAGUGUAAUAACACAUCUAAACUCGAAUUAUUCACCAGUAAUACGAAUAUUCCAAGUAAAGCGAGAGUUGAAGACACUAUUGCUAAGAACGAUCUUCAAUCUAAACACAGUACUAUUUCCAGAAGUCCGUGUAAAGAUGCUACAGAAAAGAUUAUAUUAGAUCCUUCCUUGAAUUCAAACAUUUCGAACAAAAAUGAAGGAAGAAUAAAAGAGAAAUCAUUUGAGAAAACGAAUAAUCUUCAAUUGUCAGUUAAUGAUGUAAUACCUAUAAAGAUGUUGAAGACCUCAGAAGUGUGCAGCAGUAAUCAAUUGCUCAAAGAUAUAUUUACGUGUAUUCUAUGUAAUAUGUCGUUCGAGGAUUAUCCAUCGAUACAAAAACAUAAGGCAAAGUGUAAUGCAUCAAAAUGCAUAACACAUACGAGUGGAGAAGGAAUAAUAAAGAACAUUCGCCAAGAUAGGAAAAAGAGCUCAAAACCAUCGACUUCUUCUGUCAAGUCUUCUGUUAAUAAGACAAGUGAUUUACGUAAAUCCACUCGCUUUAUCAGUAAUACCGAUAAAGCAACCACUUCAUUUUUGCCCUCAUCACGAGUGUCGAGUGGCAACAAAAUGCAUAGUAAGAGUUCACGAAAGCAAAAAAAUAGUCCUCAAAAGGACACCAGACAGAUCGGUCAAAAUGUAACAUCAAACUUCGAUUUAAGAUCGCAAAGGAGAACGAGAUUUUUAGAAAUUGGACGUCAAGAAUCUAGUAGCGUACAGCGCGAUAAGAGUAAACAAUGCAAAGUUUGCUUACAAUUUUUUGCUACCUAUAUGGAUCUAUUUGACCAUAUGUUUGAACAUGCGACUAAUACCAUCAAUAUACCAAUUAGAAAUAAUAUUACUUCUAAAAAAUCUGACAAAACCAAUCAAGUCUCCGAUACUUUAACAGAAGCACCUGCUAAAAGGACCAGAAGUAUCGAGCAAGAAAAAGGAUUAUCAGAGAAGGCAAAUGAAUCGAACACGGAUCGAAAUCUCGCUGCUUUGGAAGUGUUGCAGCGCGAUGCAGUUAAGGAGAAAGACAAGAUAUUGAAUUUAUUACAAGCAGAGGUGAAACAAAAUUUGCAAAAACAACAGUCGAUACCUAAUGCAGCUAAUGACCUUGAACACACGGAUAGGAUUCGGUACAUGGAGAGAGAAAAUAUAUGUACUGCUGCAUCGAAAUCAACGAAGCCUAGCAUCUGCGAGUGUCAUAUGUCCAAGGAGAAGAUUGUCGACGGAAAUGUUCAGAUUGAGAUAGUAUUAUUGUGCGAAACUUGCCAGACGCUUUUUCGACGCUUCGAGUGCUUUGAGACACAUUGUCACCGCGCCGUUAAUGCACUUUGUGCCAAGAACCGACGACGCAACAGAACAAUGUCCAAAUUGUUUUGUGUUGCCUGUCAGAGAGUGCUGAGCUCUCUCCAGGAGUUAAAGAUCCAUCUGACGAUGCACAGGCAAUUGUUCAAACGCAAAACCAUAAAACUGAUCUUCCGCUGCAACAUAUGUAAAGUAAUCUUCCAUACACAAGGACCUCUGUUCAACAAACAUUUUCUUAAUCAUAUGAAGAACCGGUUGUAUUUGGCUAGUCGCUUGUCAUUUUCGAGAACCUGCUACGUUGGCUCGAAACUCAUCGAGACGUUGCCGGCCGUGGGUAACGAGAAACAGAUGGAAGUUUAUAUCGAGGUAGCUGAUUACAAAUGCCAGGAUUGCAAUGCGCUUUUCACUUCGGAACGGGAUCUGAAGUCGCAUGAAAUCCUCUGCCGAUCCAAGUCUGCCAAUGACAAUGGAUCUUCGAAUGCAAGUUUGGCCAUCUCUGAGAAGAUUUUGCUGAUAUGUGGAUUUUGCAAUAAGACUUUCUACAAGAGAGAGCUCUUCCAGUUGCAUUCCUUGGAGCACAAACAAAAACGGGAAAUACAUUCGCAUUACACCAGCGUCGCCGUCACCGCCGUUACGAAAGUUCUUAUCUGCAAAGUGUGCACGACCGUAUGGAAGUCUCUGAAAGAAUUCGAGGAACAUUGGCUGACUCACGACACGUUACAGGAAGAAUACGUGUGCUCUCUUUGCGAGAAGCAUUACGAUACUAUCGAGCUAUUUCAAGAGCAUGCAAUCACGCACAAGAACGAUGCCGAAAAACAACACGGGCCGAUCUCGUGCAAGGUGAUAUAUCGUGACUCGAACUCUGAGACGAAUUUGCAAGGUGCCACUGUAAACGACGAUAAUCCACCUUGCGCGAAUUUGAAUUCUUCUGAUGGAAAAAAAUCUCCCGAGAAGAUUAUUGCGGUUGAUAAUCCGAUUCAGAAAGAACAGAGAUCUGUACAGCAAAAUCCGCUUAAAAAUAAACAAUCCAUGAGAGUCAAGACGACGUUGCCGAAAGUUAUCUCGGUAUGUCUUCUUAACGAGACGCAAAAUAUUCGGAACGACGCGAAUGUCCAGCAGAAGCAAGUCUCCUCGAGCAAUAAGGCAAAACGAAUGUCAAACAAUAACGAAAAGAGCAACAAUAAUUCACAGAAUCUCGAGGACCUUUCGGAAGCCGAGGAGCUGAUAAUUGUGAUGUCGGAGAGCGAUGACAGUUCAGUGUCGAGCAAGAUUAGGAAGACUCGGUCGAAGAAAUCCGAUGACGCGCCUUCUAUUAAACGUAGCGAUGCUCAAGAAAACACUACGAUGUCCAAUCCGGUUGCUUCUGAUAAGCAGAGACAAAGCGAUGCUUCUGCGAUCGUUGUCUCUGCAGAAACUUCCAGCAAUGCCAACAAGACUUCGAAUUCAAAUGCCGAUGUUAAUUCGACGACUUGGACGAGAACGCUCGAGACGAAUGAUCCGAAAGUUUCGCAAGAUAGCGAAAUAAUCGCUGAUCGUACGAAUAUUGUAAAUUCAACAGCAAUGAACAGUACAGACGGUGACUCGACGUCGAGCUCGAAACCUUCCGGAGAAAGAAUCAUGAACAUGUCGUUACCGCAGAACGUCAUGAACGUUAUACCCAAGUCUUUUCUACGCGUAAAGUCUUUGGCGGAAUUAACGGGCACGAGUUUAUUGCAAAAAUUUCGAUGUCAAAUAUGCGAUCAGUCCUUCGAUAGUCUGCACAAAUUAGUAAAGCACAAGUCAGUGCAUAACACCUCUCUGUUGGCCCAAAGCCAGUUGAGUGUCGAUCAAGCACAUACGCCUAAUAAUGUGCAAGAAAAGUCAGAGUCUAAGUCUUCGAUGAACACAACACAAACAACCCAACGUCUCGCGUCUCAUCCGGCGGUGACGAGCACCGUGCCUUUAUCAGACAUCCUAUCUCUAUCCGGGAAUUCUCUAUCCAGCAACGCAGUUUCAUCCAGUAACGUGCCUUUAUCCGUCAAUGCACCUCAAUCCGAUAACGCAUUGCUAUCCGGCAAUGCGCUUCCAUCCGGAAACCUGCCUCCGUUCAGCAGCCUGCAUCCAUCUGGCAGUUUGUACCUAUCUAACAACAUGCCUCUAUUAAAUCAGACGACCAAUCACGGCAUUUCUGGACAAUACCAAGUGGUUGGUAUAAAGCCGUUGAAGAAAGUCGCGACGAUGGCUAACAGAAUGGUAAAUAAUGUGUCGAAACCGAACGAGGUACAGCAAUAUGGACUCUCAUGGGCCAUGAUGAAUAAUUCCAAUAACGCGCCGCUGCAGCAGGUGACGCAACAAAAGCCAAUCUACCAUCAAAAUUUGCCAGCUCAGGUCGCUUAUUCCACAACGGUUCAACCUAUCAACCAGAGCAUCGGUCCCGUGGCGAUUAGACCAUUCAUGCAAACUACUUAUCAAACGCCCAAACCGUCUCAACCAUUAUCGGCGUAUCAAUCAUUUCCAUAUCUGCAACAGCAGCAAAUACAGCAACAGCAGCAGCAAGGACAGCAACAGCAGAAGCAGCAGCAACAGCAGCAGCAGAAGCAACAACAACCACAACAACAGCUGCAGACAAGUAUCAACAAUGACAUGCAUAAUUAUUCGAUUAUAUUACCCAAAGAAAGCGUGCCUUAUCAGUUGACGUCGAAUAAUACAAUGCCGACGAACUCAACUGACGUGAUGCUCAUGACUAUGAACACGAUGCAGCAGGUAUCACAAAAUCCGGAUCGUUACAAUUGCAUAUACUGUCCGGGUUUCGAGUGCAGUUCGGUGCAUGCUUUCUCGGCGCACCAGCGUUCACCAAAGCAUGAGGCACGUAGUCGUUAUAACAGUACGUCUUACGUGUCUCGGACCUGAAGCUAUUAUGAUUGUUAUGAGAGAUAAUCGAAGGAUGAAUGAAUGACGAAUCGAUCAGUUUUUGUUACUCGUUGACACGACAGUUUCGCUUAAAGUUGCUUUUACUAAUUGUAAGUAAAAGUCCGGCAAUACUGCCGGAAUACAACCGGUUUUUUUUGGCCUAAAACAAAUUUCAUUUUAAGUCGAUAGUGUAUUUUGAAUUUUGCAUGAUAUUGAUAACACUGACUGCAAUUAACUGCGAUAUUUCUCUUUCUGUUCAGAAUGUCUUUAUUUAUUGUUUUGUGAACAGGUAUUAAUUAAAAGUAUAUCUUACAAUUGCUUUUCAUACAAAUGCAUGUAUACAUAUAUGUUCAAAACUUAAGAAAAUAUCUCAAUAGAUAUGCCUUAUUUAAAUAAUUUUUCUUAUUUAUGUAAACAUUUUUAUAUUUA